ACGACUCCCAGCCAAAAAAGCAAAAUGGCUCUCAGAAAAGGAAAAUGGAGACCUGAGGAAGAUCAUAAGUUGAUAUGUUAUAUUCGCAGAUAUGGGAUUUGGAACUGGAAUGAGAUGCCAAGAGCUGCUGGUCUGUCAAGGUCAGGAAAAAGUUGCAGGCUUCGCUGGAUGAAUUAUCUCAGGCCAUUUAUAAGGCAUGGAAACUUCAGCAAGGAAGAAGAGGAUACCAUAUUCAAGCUGCAUGAAAAGCUGGGAAAUAGGUUUGGAUUUCUUCAUUUACUCUCAUAUCAUGAUUCUUGAUUUUGUGUGUUUCAGUUUUCUAAUUUCUUCCUUUUCUUCUAAUGCUUUUGGCCAAAAAAAAACCCACAUAAAUAUAUUCUUGGAAAGUCUUGCAGCUAAUUAAUCUUACGUAUUAUAUAUGCAAUGGUCAGAUGGGAAAAAAAUUAUGCUAAGAUCUUUCGCUUCAGAAACAAAAGAAUCUUAAAAAUUGUUUUUUUCUAAAUGAACAUGCAAUUUCUUUUUAGGCUUUGAGACUAAUCUGAGUUAUAUCUCAAUUAUAUGAAGAAAUUGUCUAAAAUUGCACCAUGAGCACUUGGAGAUCAUCUAAAUUGAGUGAACUAGGGUUUCCUUUUGAAAUUACGUAGUGGCAGGAUAAAUUUUACUAUUAACUUCGAAUAACAUCAAAUCAUCCUCCAUAGGAGUAUAUGGCAUUCAAAUUUAGGUCUUUCAUAUGAUUAACAUACUUAUAAUCAUUGGAUCAAGCCAAGUUAUUAUUCCCAAGAAAACUUGAGCUGUUUUCAUGGGAUGGGAUGAGUGAACCAUCUGACAUUACUAGAGAGAACACAGGAACCUUGACUAUUAUCCUCAGAUGAUGGAACAUUUGA